AUGGUCCAACUGCUUUUUCGGCUGCAUGAUGCGGAUGAUGCGGACAUUGGAGACAUCUUGAUGCAUACUUUUGGUGACGCGUCGACGGCAAAGGAUUUGAGAGAUCAUAUCCAUACUGUUUUGAAAGUCGAUCCGAAAUAUCAAAUAGUUUUCAUCAAUCGCGAUGAUCGACGUGUGGAACAAUUCACGGCACUUGAUGAAAUUCCUUUGAAAGAAACUAGGGUGAAGCAUGGAGACACGCUGGUUGUGAAACAUGCAAUGCUUGGAGAAUGGGAGGACUAUCAGAAGGAAGUGCACAAGCUCAUGACUCUGAGCGAGAAGGAAAUCCGCGGGGGAUCCACAUCGAGGGGAUCAAAGGCCGAUAGGAACCUCCGUAAAAAUUUGCUGUUGAUUGCAGAAAAGGCUGCUAAGUACUUGGAGACUCUUGAACAAGCCCGUUUCUUCUCCGCGUAUCGCGAGUUCAAUCGGAUUCGUAAUGAACAGGCCAACAGGACCGGCUUUUGGCUCCUUCACAUGGAGAAAAAAUGGUUUCUAAAAGCUGUUCAAGCUUACUUCGAGGAGAGAUGUUCCCAGGCAUCUGUGACUUGUGCAAUAGUUGAAGGUGCUGGUAUCCAGACUGCCUGUCGCGUUAAUUUGGAGUGGGACGACAAGUCUACUGCCUACUAUGCCAAGUUCAUGGCUGGCAUGAACUCGGGUCUGGAGCUCAAGAGCAAGAAUCUUCAUUACGUCGAUCUUCGUGAGAUCUUCGUCUACCGUCUGCUCAGUCUCAUCAACGUUGGAUCAGAAGAGGUCCUCGUUAUACGAGAUGCAGCUGAAAGUGGAUACGUGUAUUUGGCAACAAAGAUAAUUCAUGGUUUCUGGACACGUGACGGACGGUCGGUUGAGGCUGCGAUGCAGGGCAUUAAAGACAAGGAUGAAGAAAAAUGGCGAGCGAUCGAUAAAGAGAGCAGAGGAGUAAUGGAGAAACAGUUGGAGAUACUUGUCUGGUUGUUAGGCUUAGAAGAUCUUGGGUUGGUAAAUCAGGCCAACUGGGGAUACGUCGAAACUCAAACUCUGGAGGGAGGUCUGGCGCACGAAUUGAAGGUCGUCGAUUUUACGGUCCAAGCCGAAAAAAAAGCGUGCAAGAAGGAAGUUAAAGAGCCUUUCAAUCAAUAUGUCACCACUACAUGGAAAAUCGAGGACAAUAUUGCAAAAGCCCUUGACCAAGUGCAGAGCGACCCAGCCAUCGCAAAGAAAUUCGGAGAGGACGACAAAGCCGGCAAGACGAAGGAAGCCGUCCGUUUGGACGAAUACAUCGAGUAUAUCAGAAACCAUAUACGCGAAGUAGCGGAGCCACCAAAAGGCAACGAAUCUCUGAAGAGAAAGACAGCCAGCGAGGGAGAAGGAAAGAAUGAGAAGAAGGAGAAGAAGGAAGAUGGAGGAAAU